GGUUCAUUCAUACUUCUGUGAUUUUAACGUGGUCCACUUGUGAAAUUUCAUGUAACCAUUGUCACUUUUAUCACAACUGCAGUGUGAUGAAAAAUGUCUUUGAUCAGAUCGAAGAUCAGAUUAGAAUUGAUCUGUGUAUGUGGGCCCAGAAAAACUUCAUCCGAUUAUAACAAACUUGCGUCACUUAUGCAGAGCAGCCGAUCGGUCCUGUUCGCGCUCCAAAGCCUUUUCUGGAGCGCCACACUGUCUAAGCAUGAUGUAAAAGCCUGUGCACUAAUGGCCCAUGAUCUGAAUAAAUUGUUUAUAUGCACCACGAUCGGAUCAACAAUUGGAAGAACUCACAUAAAAGUUAAAUUAAAUUUGAUUUUCACCUGCAUAGACUGGUUAUUUCCAUAAGUCUAAAGUCAGUGGAAGAAGGUGCCUAUUUUAAUACAAAUCAUUUUUUCCUACUUUUUUUCAAAGGGAGUCACAAAUGUUUUGAAAUUGGCAACAAUUUUACACAAUAACUUUGCUAAAGCAAUGACGCUCACAAAAAUUGAGGAAGUUCGCAGGUGUAACUGCUUUGUUCUCUGGCUUUUUUGAAGUCACAAAAAGCCACAGAACUGCUUCCGGGAUUCUUAUCAAAAGCAAGCCACAAAAAAAAAAAAAGAAGACAUAAGCCAGGUCUGUCUGCAGCAUUCAGUCUCGUGAGUCAAAGAGCAGAACAUCUUCAGAAGUCACAAUGAUUUUCAUCUCUUUGAUCACAGCCGCUCUGUUAACAGGAUCUUCUGGAAAAGGUUUUACAGAGUGCAGCUUUAAUGAAUCUGGAGAAACUUUGUGUUUUGCUGUAGCUGGAAAAUCUAGGCUUUUUUACCUGUUGAACACAGACUUUGUUGACAUGAGGCUUCUUAAGGAUGGUACAAACAGAAUCUUGAAAACACUCCCAAAUGGAUCAGUACAAAUCUAUACUAACACAGCCAGUUACUUUAAAAAUGGAACAAUCAAACUGAACAAUGUCUCAAAGAAAGAUGCUGGAACUUACAUGCUUGAGGAGUUCAACUCUGAAGGGAAAGUUCUGAGAAAGUGCAGAAUCCAUCUUAAUGUACUUGCUCCUGUGUCUGUGUUAACGGUGUCUCAGCAGUGUUUGUCACCAGAACAGCAGAAAGUCACCUGCUUCUAUGAGGGAGAUGAAGCAGAGCUCACUCUGUCUUUGAAUGGUUUCUUACUUUUACAAUCAAACAAACCCAUUCAGUCCCUGAACAAUGACACAUCUGAUAGAUCCAGUGUAUUUAAUGUUUCCAUCAUCCUGCAUGGACAUCUUCUUGGAGACAUCAUGUGUAAAGUCUGGAACAAUGUCAGCAGAGAUGAGACAGUUAUAACCCUCACUGCUUGCAACGGUCCACAGCUAGUUUUUGUGGCUGCAGUUGCUGCAGUUUCUGCAGUUGUCCUUCUCUUAGUUUUUGCUGCCUUGACUGCCACCCUUAGGAAACUUUGCAAAAAACAAAGAGCUGUGACAGUUAAUGCAGGUAAGUUACUCAUGAAGAAUUCAGAUAAAAAUGAGUAUUAUAGCAGCAUUAAAAAAAAUAUCCCUCCAGGUGACAAUGAAGCUGCUGUCAUCUACACGGAAGUAAAAGGGAAAAAGGGUAAAAGGAAAACUGAAGCCAGACUACAAGACAGUGCCUGACAGCUAUUUUAUAUUUCAAAUGUAUAAAAUAUUGUCAACGUGUUUACUUUUUUUUCCUUGCUUCAAUCAGGAACAUUUUACCAGGGGAUAGAUGAACUUAAAUACAGAAUUACCAAAAUGAGUGCUUUAAAGUUUUGAAACUUUGUUUGAGAAUGAUUUGUUUUAUCAUAUUUUAUCACAAUAUGGAAAUAAAUUACUUGUUAUGAAUGAAUCAACAAAUGAAUUGCUUUGUCAUCACAACGACAGAAAAGAUAGAUAUAGGCAGAAAAGGGAAAAACAUGACGGGAACGGUGGUGGCACAUUAAAAACCAUACAUCUCUACUCAGCUCAUGAUUGGGCAUAAGUUGAGCUUAAUGCUCAAUUCCGAUUUUUUUUUAAAACAUCGGAUUUUAUGCAAGGCCGUUCACAUUUCCAAUUAAAUGUAAACUUUGUGAUCUCCUCUGUGACUGUGAAAUGACCAAGAAGUGACCUGCAUGCGCAAAAGAGUAGUCAACGGGGAACGACAUCAAUGUUAGCGGAAGUAGCUAACGUUAACAAUGGAUGUCAACAACAGUGUUGUCAACAGCGGAGCUCUUUUUGCAUUAUUUCAUUUAUUUUCACAAAGGAGCCAGCUCAAUUACAAUCUUCUCAUUUUAAGAAGGCAUUGGAGCUGGGAUCGUCUGUACCCACUGUUGUGGUAUGGGGAUGUGAGUGUGCUGGGACCAUGUGUGUGUGUGUAUAAGAGAGAGGAGAGAGUGUGUGCAGCGAGGAAGGGAAUGAGGGAAUGAGGGGGCCAGUGCGGGCGCGCAUUCAUGUUGUGUGUUAAGGAGGAAGGAGAACAAUAAUAAAAGAAGGCUUCCCCCAUCAGAACUGCUUUUGACUCUUUAUUAAUCAGUUCUCGAGAAUCUGAGGGUCCGAGGGAAGUGAACCCCCAAAGGAGGAUUUGCCUUUGGUCCCCUGCGCUUCUGACCACGGUCGGAAAGUUAAAAAAGUCAUCGCAGGAAAGGUUCAACACCAUGCUCGGCCAUUUCGCUGGAAAUGUUUUCAAAAACCGCCCAGUUGUGUUGGAAAAAUGUAUAUAAGUUAUCUCCUUUGCUUUUAUGAAUUACCUAGCUAUAUAGGUAAUAUAAUCCUGUUUGCAGAAGUGUUUGCGUCCAAGUUCUGUUUCACAGAAAGGUGAAGGUGAAAUUCUUGGGAGGAAACCGACGGUCUUAGCGUCUUCCCAAGAUCAGCAUGUUAUCUGCUUCCAGACCGGAAUAAAAGGACGCUCUGUGUCAGUUAUCCGUGAGAAAAGACUUUGCAGGGCCAGGGAUGAUGUGGGAAGACUGUGAAAAGACGUGUUGCAAUUAAAGUUUUCUGAUAGCGCUGCAGCUGUGUUCUUAUCUGUUUCCCCUUCUUAGAGCUCAGUGCAUAUGUAAAUUAGGGAAACCCCAACAAAUUUAAUAAAACGGGAGGAGACAGGAAUAUGCGCCAGAGCGGAGAGAGAUGGUAACUGGGUACUAUUCUCUGUUCGUUCUCCUCGUACUCCUUGG